GAAGCGGGCAGUUUCAAGUGAUGUCGCUCUAGACAAAUCUCCAAAGGAAAAGAACUUCAACCGUCGAUGUUCGUCUUCUAUUUCACUGGUCGGUGAAACAUCUCAAGACUCCCUCGACCGAAAAAGACGCGUUCAGCACUUUUGGCUCCCCGCUGCUCACUCCACCCGGCACCCCCUGUCGACCUACCUCUGCCCCCCCCCCCACCUCCAGCCCUCUCAUCUCCUGCACCCACCCCACAACCACCCCUCUGCUGCCGCUCCCAAGCUGCAACCAUGGCUCCUACCCUGACCACGGCCUUCGCCAGGCGCUGGUGGAUGGCGGUGACGGCCAUCAUAGAGAACCUGCUCUUCUCGGCUGUGCUGCUGGGCUGGGGGUCCCUGCUCAUCAUGCUCAAGUCUGAGGGCUUCUACUCCUACAUGUGCACCGAGGAAGGCAACGCCACCUCCUACAACGUGUCGACGCCCCCGGAAAGGCCCCCGCGGCCUCGGAGGACGAGUUAUGCCGGCUGGGAUGCCGACGUGAUGGGCCUGGGCGACGGCGUGGAGGCGCGGCCGCUGGCCCCCGAGGGCCUCAUGCGGAUGAACGGCUGGCUGAUCUGCAAGGAGCAGGACGAGAUGCUCAACAUGGCCUUCACCGUGGGCUCCUUCCUCCUCAGCGCCAUCACCCUGCCCCUGGGCAUCGUCAUGGACAAGUACGGGCCCCGCAAGCUCCGCCUCCUGGGCAGCACCUGUUUUGGUUUCUCCUGCCUCCUCAUUGCCUAUGGAGCCUACAACCCCAAUGAACUCUCAGUCCUCAUUUUCAUCGCUCUAACUUUCAACGGAUUCGGAGGCAUGUGUAUGACGUUCACCUCUCUCACGUUGCCCAGUAUGUUUGGGGACCUGCGUUCCACCUUCAUAGCUCUGAUGAUCGGCUCCUAUGCUUCUUCCGCCGUUACGUUCCCUGGACUCAAGGUGAUCUAUGACCUGGGCGUGACCUUCAUCACUAUCCUGGUGGUGUGGGCGGCCUGUGCCGGCCUCGUCUUCCUCAACUGCUUCUUCAACUGGCCCCUGGAGCCCUUCCCUGGACCCGAGGAUAUGGACUACACUGUCAAGAUCAAAUUCAGCUGGCUGGGAUUCGACCACAAGAUCACCGGGAAGCAGUUCUACCAGCAGGUGACGACCGUGGGCCGUCGUCUGAGCGUGGGCAACGCCCUGAAGGAGAGGGAGCAGGUCCCUAAGGAGGGCAACAAGCUCUGCCUGUCCACCACGGACCUGGAGGUGCAGUGCAAGGAGGAGGAGUCCCAGUCUUUCCUGCACAGCAUCACCAGUCCUCUCUUCAUCCUGAGCCUGGUGACCAUGUCCAUCACCCAGCUGCGCCUCAUCUUCUACAUGGGAGCCAUGAACAACAUCCUGGAGUCCCUCAGCGAUGGAGACCUCAACACAGUGAGUCUGUACUCCUCCAUCUUUGGGGUGCUGCAGCUGCUCUGCCUGAUGACCACCCCAGUGAUUGGUCAGAUCAUGGACUGGAAGCUGAAAGACUGUGAUGAUGGAGAUGAGGAGAAGGAGCCCAGCAUCAAGGACCCGUCCAAGUCAAAGCGCAGAGACAAGACCAUCCAGAAGGUGACAAAUGCAAUGAGAGCCUUCAUUGUCACCAACGUCCUAUUGGUGGGAUUUGGCAUCACUUGCCUGGUGCCCAACCUCCCUCUUCAGAUUCUGUCGUUCAUCCUGCACACUGUUGUCCGAGGGUUCAUCCACUCAGCCACAGGAGGUCUCUAUGCUGCUGUGUACCCGUCCGGUCAGUUCGGCAGUCUGACAGGGAUGCAGUCUCUGGUCAGCGCCCUGUUCGCUCUGCUGCAGCAGCCUCUCUUCAUGGCCAUGAUGGGACCACUGGAAGGAGACCCACUCUGGGUGAACGUGGGCCUGUUGGGCCUCAGCCUGCUGGGCUUCAUGCUGCCGCUGUACCUGGUCUGCUACAGACGCACCCUCCACAGGCAGCGGCUAGAGAAGGACGACAACGCCAAGAUCUACGUCAAGAUCAACGGCUCCUCCAAGCACGAGGCCUUCGUCUAGAGGGGUGGGGGAGAAGGAGCGAGCGGGGGGGGGGGGGGGGG